AUGGAGGUAUAUGGCAAAUCCAUGGUAGCUGGACCCACAAAUGUUAUUUUUCUGUCUGCUAUACUAGGCCAAGAUGGGCCAAUUCCAGUCCACAAAUGUGACUGGAAGUGUGAAAAUGAACGUGUUUGCGGAAAUAUGUACCGCUGCAAACUAACAGGACUGACUCACAUAUGUGACAAAAACUGUAACCAGAGAAUUCUGUAUGAUAAUCACAGCUCCCUUUGUAGAGCAAGCGGCCAAAUUUUUCCCCUAACACAGGCAGAGGAACAGGCAGUGAGAGGCGUCCAAAGGAAGCUUGAGGCAGAUAGUUCCCCCACUGCUGAUAGCUGUGCUCGUAAGCGCAGACGGGAUGCACAGCUCCAUCCUUCUCCUUUUGAGAGAUCCUUCUCUGCUGUCAGUCCAAUCUGCAGCCAAGUUGGGGAUGGCAUGGAUGUGAACUAGAUUCAUGAUAUAACUGAAAAGACCACUAUCAUUUUGCUUAAUAUGUUCCUUUGAUAUUUUCCUUCUCUUUCAUGAGACGGUUAUGGAUAAUUGAACCUAGUAUGCGUAGCUUAAUGAUGGACUUGAUGUGUCCUACGGAAUUAUAUACUUCUAAUCUGAUUUAAUGCAAUUUAGCCCUUCCGCUAGUUUCUCUAUUUAAUUGGGAUGCUAAACAGGUUCUGUUUACCGCUUAUGAAACUUGAAAGGAGUCCUGUUGAUACCUAGAGGUUUCAGGUCUUUUGUAAGACUUGGAUCUUCCAUUUCGUUCAAAAUUGCAGUAUUUAUGUAUGGUCUGUACUUAAAUUUGAUUUUUUUUCCCUACCUCUGUGAUUAUUUAUUAGUCUGUAUUUUAAGAGACGUGAUUUUGUAGUCAAUGUAUUGUAUUCGGCUACAAGGUUACCCUUGUUAUGACACAUGGAUUGUAAAUAUUUUUUCUAUUUUUAGGUAGUUCAUCCUUGCAGCAAAAAUUUCCCAAAUUCUCUUUGGGAUUGUUGUCUUACAGAAAACCUAACUCUUUUUAUUUUGCACUACUUUGCGGAGUUUUGCAGGUUGAAAAGGAGUUAGCUGAUUUAUAAUAUUUAUUCGAUUUUCAUUCAUUUCAUUAGUUUUGCUUUUCCUAGCUUUGAGUUUAAAUAUGGAUUCCUGAAGUAAAUGUUAAUUUUGCAGGUUACAGUACAGGAGAGUUAAAGAAAUGCUUCUUGUUUUAAUGAAUGGUUAUUCUGUUCUACAAGUUUUGAGUGCCAGUAAAAAUCUUUUAUAUAUAACUGUUAUUUCUUUGCUAUGUAGGUAAUCCUGCUUUUUGUCCUUGGUGGAGACAAAGCUGCACCAGGAAUUGCUGAUGACCUGAGGAAAAUGGUGUCAUGCCUGAUGGAUUCAAGCAUGUGGUUUGCUUGAACGGGUAUUAAUGUGUAAACAUGGUUGGUGUAGCCCACUGAGCGUAAAGCCAGUAUGAUUUGGUUUGCUGAAUUGGCCCCUCUCUGCAUCCAUGUUGGUAAAGCAGAAAUCACUGAAUGCCAUAUGCUUCCCAAUAGUUUGAGUUUUCUGUUUUUGAUGUCACUCGCACCUCGUCUAUUGGCAAAAAAUUAUUUUUUCUUUUCUGGUAUCGCAAGUUGCUGACCGAGUCUGGCUUUGCUUGAUGGUGAUUCUAAGAAGCCACCGAAUUUGUUUUCCUUUAUUAGUAUCACAGGGAGCAAGGAUAUAGUUUACCAUUACAGUAAUCUGUAAGUGGUUAUCACCACACUGGCUCCAGAAAUUGGGUUUGAGCUAGCUCAAGUAUGUUCUUUGAUAGUCGAGGAGGUCCAUCCUGUCCCAUCAAACCUUCAUCCAUUUGGUUCGCUACUUCCUCUCCUGUGGUGGGAAAUCUUCUGUCCAGGAUAUAUAUGGUGUGCUGAUAGACAAUGCUGGUCAUGAAAAAUCAUCUGAAGUUGGCUUAUCUUGAAGGCAUUGAGAUUUAACUGGCAAAGGAUGCCGUCCUUUUAGCUGAUGAGCAGGCAAAUGUUGAAGUGUCGGCUCCAACUUUGUGAACUAGCUAAAGAGCAUUUUCAACCAGCCCUGCCACAAAGGUAUUGGGUCACAUGGCUGUUAUUUUUCAGGCCCUAGUACAUCUAUUGCGUACCGGUCUGAAGCUAUUUGAAAGCCUAAAAUAGGCGAAAGUAGCUGCCAGUCGAUUUUAGUUUAUUAUCAAAAUUAGUAGGCAAUAGAAAAUCCUUGGCCAUGAUUGGCUUGUAUAUUGGGUUUAGGCAGCUUUAUUGGCUUUUCUGUGCUGUUGCUAAUAUCCAUUGAUGCAAUGUUUUAUCGAUCUACAUUCUGUCCCCUACUGUAUUUUAUUAGUGUUAAAGCUGAUAUUGUUGUGUUA